UAUUGCCACAGAAGAAAAAAAACCAGCCUCCAAAAACCCCACAAAAGCCCCUUCACUUCUUCUCAUCAAAAGCUAGCUAUUACAAAUAAAUUAAUCAAAUAAAAAAAAAAAAGACCUCCAACUACUGCCCUAGAGACAACACUAUUAUAAUCAACCACAGCAGGACACGUGGCAGCGUCAAACAUCAUAACAAGAUCAAGAAGUAGAAUAUCAUCAUCCCCAAGUGUAAUAUAUAAUGGAGGUCAUUCGUGGGGUUUUGGUCAUAUAUUUGACCAUUAUAACAAGUGUUGUUAAUGUUGAAGCAAGAUAUCACUACCACAAGAAGCAAAAGAACAAAGCUCCUCCUAAUAAUUCUCCUGCGCCUACAUAUGCAAAUCCCCCUCAAGUGGUGCCCUCAGACCCUGCUUCUCCUUCAAUUUCACCUCCUCCUCCUGCUAGUACUCCUCCUGUUCCUUCAGAUCCUUACCCCAAUGACCCCGUUGAUUCCUCCGGCUGCGUCUUCGACGUCACGUCCUUCGGCGCCGUUGGAGACGGCUCUGCUGACGACACCGCCGCCUUCAGGGAGGCGUGGAAGGCUGCCUGCGCCGUCGAGUCGGGCGUCGUCUUGGCGCCCGCCAAUUAUUGCUUCAAGAUCACGUCUACCAUCUUCUCUGGCCCUUGCAAGCCAGGAUUAGUCUUCCAAGUGGAUGGGGUGUUGAUGCCGCCGGAUGGGCCGGAGGAGUGGCCGAAAGCCGACAGCCGGAAGCAAUGGCUUGUGUUCUACAGACUUGACAACAUGAGCUUCACUGGAAGUGGAACCAUUGAAGGGAAUGGAGAGAAAUGGUGGGAUCUCCCCUGCAAGCCUCACCGGGGUCCCGAUGGAUCAACAAUGUCAGGACCAUGUGAUAGCCCUGCUUUAAUAAGGUUCUUUAUGAGCUCCAACUUGGUAGUGAGUGGAUUAUGCAUCCAAAACAGCCCUCAAUUCCACAUGAAAUUUGACGGCUGUGAAGGAGUGUUUAUUGAUAAGCUGUCCAUUUCUUCACCCAAACUCAGUCCCAACACUGAUGGGAUCCACAUUGAGGGCACCAAGACUGUCGGAAUAUACAACUCAUUGAUAGCCAAUGGGGAUGAUUGCAUAUCAAUUGGACCUGGAUGUGCUGAUGUUGAUAUAGAAGGAGUCACUUGUGGCCCAAGUCACGGGAUUAGCAUUGGGAGCCUUGGAGUGCACAACUCGCAGGCAUGUGUUUCGAACAUAACGGUUCGGAACGUGAUCAUAAAGGAGUCGGACAACGGGUUGAGGAUCAAGACAUGGCAAGGCGGGACGGGGUCAGUGACCGGAAUACUAUUCGAGAACAUCCAGAUGGAGAAUGUGAGGAACUGCAUUAAUGUGGACCAGUACUACUGCCUGUCCAAGGCUUGCUUGAACCAAACCUCGGCCGUCUACGUAAACGACAUCCAAUACCGGACCAUAAAGGGAACAUACGACGUUAGGAACACUCCAAUUCACUUUGCUUGUAGCGACACUGUGGCUUGCACCAACAUAACAAUGUCUGAUGUUGAGCUUCUUCCUUAUGAAGGAGAGUUGGUUGAAGAUCCUUUUUGUUGGAACGCUUAUGGGACACAAGAGACCUUGACAAUUCCUCCCAUUAACUGCUUACAAGAAGGGGAGCCAGUGUCUGUGAAGGAGAGCAACAAAUAUGAUUGCUAAGAAUUAGUAUCGUCACAUAAGUUUUGUCGAUAAUUUUUUGGUAAGGUAUG